AAACAUGAACGUGGGCAGACGAAAAUUUCCGAUUAGUUCAUUCCCUGGAUGAUCGAGCUCCCGUUGCGCGGCUUGAUGACCGUCGAUGUCUGCCACUCCUCGAAAAAUAAGAACAAGUCCUACGGAGCCCUUGUGGCCACCAUGGACAUGAAGUGCUCGACCCGCUACUUCUCCUCGGUGACCGAGCAUAUGAAGGGCCAAGAGUUGUCCAACCAGAUGUCACUGAACAUGACCGGUGCCCUUAAGGCCUACUGCGAAAAUCAUGGCACCUUGCCAGAUCGCAUCCUCUUUUACCGCGACGGAGUUGGCGAUGGCCAGCUUCAUCAGGUGGUUAACACUGAGGUCAAGUUCCUGAAAGCUAAACUGGACGAAAUCUACAAGUCUGCCGGCAAGGAGCAGGGUUGUCGCAUGGCAUUCAUCGUCGUGUCCAAGCGCAUCAACACGCGUUACUUCGUGAACCAGCGCAAUCCACGUCCAGGAACUGUGGUGGAUGUUAUCACCUUGCCGGAGCGUUACGACUUCUUCCUGGUGUCACAGGCUGUUCAGCAGGGAACGGUGUCGCCCACCAGCUACAACGUAAUAGCCGACAACAUUGGACUGAACGCCAAUAAGCUGCAAGUCCUCAUCUACAAAAUGACCCACAUGUAUUAAUGUUGAGGUUGAUCA